GGUGGUUUCCCAGCACUGACUAUUGAGAGCCAGCUCAUGAUCUCAGGAUGUACGAAAAAAUAGUAAUUAUAUUACUACUCUCAGGUUAUAUUUCUACUCAAGAUGUCUCUGAAACCACAGCUCAUGAAUUACCAAGUUUAGUUUCCACAGAGAAACCAUCACUCACCACUCCUGGUGCAGGACAAGACACUUUGGUUACUAGACACCAACAACUUCCAGACAGGGGACAAAGAGCAAGGCAACAAAUUGACCACACUUUAUCUGAACCAGUGAUAAUAGGGAUUAUUUACGCAGUAAUGCUUGGUAUCAUUAUAACUAUCCUCUCAUUUGCCUUCUGUAUUGGCCAACUGACAAAGAAAAGUUCACUUCCUGUCCAAUCUUCAUCCCCAGAAGACGCAGACUCUGAAAUUUUGUAGAAACAAGGAAUCCAGAAAAGCAAUUCAUGAGAAUCUGCUCCUCAAGCCAAAUUUUG